CACUGUACAACUGUCAAAGGACAAGUGGAAUCGCGCAUGACCCAGGAAUAGAGUCUACUGUAAAGGCCCUGAAGAUAAUAAUCUAAACAGAAAUUUAAGAAAUGGCAGAUUCCAGUGCUGCUGGGAAGGUUCGCGGAAGUAAAGGACGCAAUGAUCGGAGUAAAGCCACAGUGACUAAGGUUAAAGCAUCUGCUGACAGCAUUACAUUUGGACGUGCUGAAAGUGAUAAAAUAGAAAGCAGACAAAAAGGAAAACAUGAAUCAGAGGACCAAGAACUUAAGGAAAUCCCAGCAGGUGUGAUGGCGAAAUGGAAGGAAGAGUUCAAGAUACAUUCUCGAGUUAAAUGUCCUAGCUCUGGUUGCUGGCUGGAGUUUCCUAGUAUUUAUGGAUUGAAGUGCCAUUACCAGCGUUGUCAGAGCGGUGUUGGUUCAAAGAAGUAUAAUCAUCAGUGUCUUCUGUGUGAAGCUUCCUUUGUAUCUAAAUCCCAACUGGAAAAGCAUAAACAGUGGAAACAUGAAGAUAAAAGAACACAGGCAACAGAAGUGGAUGAGAAAGUUACAAAAGCAGUUGGUCGUGGUAGAGGUAGAAAAAGAGUUACUGAAAAUGCAGAAACUUCACCUAAAAAGUCUAAGCAACAGAAGAGGGAAUUAAGUAAGCACUCUGAGAAUGGGGAAUGUGCAACACAGAACAGAGACAACAAAUUAACAAACACUACAGAAGCUCAAGGAACUCUGACAUCUAAUGAACUAAGCAAAGGCAAGAAACAGAUAUCAUUUCCUGAGGAAGAUCCCGAGCGAACAAAACACAGAAGGAAACAGAAGACACCUAAGAAGUUUACAGGGGAGCAACCAUCUAUAUCAGGAACCUUUGGAUUAAAAGGUAAACCAACACCACAAUCAGGCCUGUCAAAACCAGAUGACAAGGGAAGGGGUAGAGGCAAGAAGAAAAAUAAUAUCACAAGCACUGAAGAAUUGCAAAGGAAACCUUUGGGAGUUCACAUAAAAAAAGAAGCUGUCACAUAUUUGCCAGGAAGCCAGGAAGAGAAGUGGCAUCAGGAGAUUACAGAGAAAGGAGAGGUUGUCUGUCCAAACUGUAUGACUGUGCACAGAAAGACAGUAACAGGUUUAAGGAAACACCUGGAAAUCUGCAAAGAGCUGCAAGAUGCUUUGAAGUGUCAACAUUGUGCUAAGCAGUUUAAAUCCAAAGCUGGGCUAAAGUAUCACACAAUGGCAGAGCACAACAAUAAGCCUGUGAUGAAUGCAGAGAAGCUGCUGGAUGAACAGCAAGAGCGUGAAAGACUCCGGAGAGUGCUUAAACAAAUGGGAAAAUUGAAGUGUCCUAAUGAGGGCUGCACAGCUACUUUUGCCAGCCUAAUGGGCUACCAGUACCAUUUAAAAAGAUGUGGGAAAGAGCCUGCCGAUAUUGAAAAAGCUGUUUUCAUUUGUGAGCAUUGUGGGAAGGAGUAUAAAUCGAAGGCUGGUCAUGACUAUCAUGUAAAAUCAGAACAUACAAUGGCAACUGAAGAUUCUGAUCAGAAAUCAGCUGAGGAAGACUUCGAGAAUUUGUUUGAGAAAACACCAAGCGGGCGCAUCCGCCGAAGAUCUGCGCAAGUAGCUGUUUUCCAUCUCCAGGAAAUUGCAGAAGACGAACUAUCAAAACUUUGGACCAGAAGAAGAAAUAAAGAUGACUUAGUCCCUGACAUUAAGAGGCUUAAAUAUACUCGUCCUGGGCUACCAUCAUUCAACCCCAAACAGCUGGAAAGCUGGAAAAAUGAGGUCAAAGAAAAUGGUCAGAUCUGCUGCCCUAAUAAUCAUUGUGAAGCAAUUUACUCAAGUUUUUCUGGACUUAAAGCUCAUCUAGCAACGUGUACUAAGGGCGAGCAUCUAGUUGGAAAAUACAGGUGUUUGAUUUGUCAGAAGGAGUUUAGCUCGGAAAGUGGAGUAAAAUACCACAUCAACAACUCUCAUUCUGAGAACUGGUUUAGGGCCUCUGCAGAAAAACCUGCAAGAAACAAAAGAGAACUGAAGGUUACAAAAUCAGAGAGGAAGAAAAACACAACUGGGAAGAAGAGAGGAAGAAAACCCAAGGAAAGAACUUCAGAGCUUUCUAUAAAAGACAAGGAGGUGGCAGGAACAAAGACUGCUGAUCAAAUAACCACACAAUGUCCUGCAGAUUUGAAGAGAAAUAGCAAAAUAAAAAGGAAGAAUAUAUUACCAAGUAGCAAAAAAGGAGGGUCAGGCUAAAUGCCUUGAGCUGCAAAUGAAAGCCAAUGUGAAGGUAAAGCUUCUAUAAUCUGGAAGAGUAUUACAUCAGCCUUCGUAUAUCGUAAGUGGUGAAUGAUGGAUUAACAUAAGAUAGCACUACCUACCAGUAGCUCUUAAGUUUGUUAUAUUUCCUAAUAUAUAUGGGUCCAAAAACUGGCCCGGGAAUAAAGCUGUUUAUGUGCAGAUAAAAGCCAAUCCUUGUAACUGGGUUAAAAUUGAACACAAGCAAGACACAAUCAUUUAGCACAAGGAAUUAUAUGGCUAUUUAAUACCGCUUUGUUACUAUAUACUGCUCUAUUUGACUUUACUGUUUAUGUUUUUUUAUAAAGUAGACUAUUAUGGGGUGCGAGGUGUCAAAUGAAAAGAUUUGUUAUGCUUUUUAACUAGAUUAAAGAUGUUGGUAGUAUGUUCGUAGUAUUGGAUUGCACCUUGAUUAAUCAAAUUGGUUAUUUAUUUAUAUUGUUCAAAUUCCUUUGCUAUUUAAUAAAAAAAUUUAAUAAACAAACUGCAAUCCAUAUCUAUUAGUUUAUAUUUAUAAUUAUUUAUCAAUAUAAACUAAUGUUUAUAUAUAAGAGUCUGGGCUAUGUAUAUAUUUCCAAAAUAAAUCUUACAAUCCAUAUAUUAUAUAUAUAAAUAUAUAUAAAAAAAUGAUUUGGUGCUUAAGACUGUAGGGGUAAUUUUAUAGGUCUGCACAGCUGAUGCACGAUGUUUGUACCAAUAAUUGUGGGUAGCACACAUCCAAAUUUCCUUGAUGGUAAUGUGGACUUGUGAUAUGACCCCUUAUAUGUGGUAAAUGUAGGUUUCUCCAUAUUCCUUCCUUCAGUGCAUUGAAAUACUUGCAUAAUGUUUUGACUCAUAAACGGAUUUUUUUCUAAUAAUUUACUGCCCAUUUUUAGGGGAUUCUGGGCAGGCAGGAAUGUGAAAUGUGACAGGGAGACAGUCUGAGACCCAAGCUUCCACUAACACCUCAGCAUUUGGACAGACUUUUACAAAUGCUAGGUUAACGAUGGAAAUGCAUCAUAUGACAUUUUCUUUCAUUAACCUGGUGCAUUGCAGAACAGUCAAGUUAAUAACGCAAUGCAAGAGAUUUAAGCAAAAAUGGGAAGAAAACUUUUUUCAGCCACCCACAUGCCUGCAGUGAUUUUCCUUCCCCCAUCUUCAUCCCAAUCAGAAACACUGUUGGGAGGCCACCGCAAUCAUUUAAAUGAGCCUGAACCUGGAGCAUCCACCAGGGCCAAAGCACAGGAAAUUGUAUAGUUGCAGUGGCUGCAGAUCAGAAAAUCUAGGCUCUGGUCUCAACUCUUAAUUGGCUUUGUAAUGAGUUUUAUUUGUACGGCUUGAUUUAGUUCUAUUUGAAGCAAAAGUUAGACAUGAGAAAUAGGUGUUACCUUUCUUGUGUGUAAUCUUGAUAUCUGGUAUUGUAAAUUUUCUGUGGAUGACUGAAUUAUUCCAUCAGGAAGAUAAUAAUUAGUAAUUUUCUGCAAUUCCACAAUGAAAUCAUGUGUUAAUGUCUUGAAUCAGAAUGGUAUGCCUUGUCGGAGACAAAUGCAAAUAUUUGGUAUGAAUCAUAAUAGGCCAAAGUCAGUAGGCCACAUGGGGACGCCAGGCAAACUGGUCCUUAAAUCCCUGGAAACACAGUUCUAUUUGCCGUUACAUUUCUUAUUCAUUGGUUUGUCUUGUUUGAAUUUUGUAGGUAUGGAGGUUUGCAAGGAGUUGUUUCUGAUUCUGUUGUUUCAUUGUUGAUUUAAUUCUAAAUCAUAGAGCCAAGAUCGGAUGGUAUUAGCAAUUUGAGAUAUUUGGAAAAUAAUGAGAAAUUGGAUUAUAACUUUAUGGCCUGGAGUUUCCUUUGCAUUUGCAGAUACACCCAUGACCUGAGCACAAACAAAUUAUGGGCUUAAAAUAUUGCAGAAUCUUGAGCCUAAGUGAGUCUACCACGUAACUGCACUAUGCUCAGGUCUUCCUGAGCCUUCUAUUUGGAUGAAUCGCCAUCCCCAAAAUGGACACACCCAACUCUGAAAUGUGAGUUUCCUCCAAUUGCAAUUGUUUGCAAGUGGUGGGCUUGGAUAUUAGGGGUGGUGUGCAUUUGUCAACAUUCCGGCCAGAGUUUCAGGUGCAACAGGAAAUUAAUUACAAUUCUUCUUUUUACAUCUUUUUAAAAAGCCCUCCGCUCUCUGAUCUGCUCUGUUAUUUACAGUUCUCCUAAUGCAUUAUUAUGGCAUAAGCCACAUUAAAAAUUACAAACUUUCCUCGAUAACAGGUUUUUAAAAAUGAUGUGCCUAAUGUGCAUAUAAAUGAUGGUUAAGUAAGCUGAAAGUUAAAUUUUAAGACAUAAAGAAGAAAUAUACCGGUGCGGAUUUGGUGUUUCUUUGAGAUCGGAAUGUUUAUGCUGAUUUAUGCUCAUUUACACCCAUGUUAAGUUUAGGUGUAUUCUAAUGAGAUUGGGAAGUUAUGUAACUUAACAUCAAAUUAGAUGCAACUUUGGGUGUAAUUUUUGGGUGCAACUUCCAGAUUGUGCCGAGCAGGAAACUGUAAGCCUUAUGUGGCCCCCUAUAUUCCAUGGUAGUCAUGUAAGCAGCUCACAAAGACUAAAAGUAUGGAAAUUCCUGAUGUUGACACUGUAUUGGUCAUUACUCUUGAAACCAGUCAGCAGCUGAGGAAGACACACAGUGAGUUGGAACAUAUGGAAGAACUUCUACACGCACUGAAAAUAGGAAUAAGGCAGGCACUCAGUGCAAAUGUAUAUGUAUUAUUGAAUUACUGCUUUAAGAAAUAAAUUCCAAUAAUUAAUUUAAGAAAAUAUGCAACAUUGUAACAGUUAUAAGAAAAUAUAUUUAAUGCAGUUAAAUAGCAUGAGAAAACACUUUGGUUUCCAGUACACUUGACGCCCCAUACUGCUUCAUUAGAAUAAAGUUUCAAAACAACACAUCUUAACUCAUCUUAACAUGUAUUUCUUUGGACUGACGUCUUUGUGUUUCGUGAAGUCCUUAAAACUCCUUGAUUCAGUAAUUGAAUUGUACAUACUGUUAUGCCGAUUGAUUAAGCAUUUUAGAAAAAAUAUUUUACAAGUAAAAUCAUAGACAGCAACACCUUCAAGUAUAAACAUACAUCACUUGUAAUAAUGUUGUAUUGAGAACUGGUCCACAGUUGGAACUAGUCAGUGAAAGCGUCAAUUUAGAAUGAUAAAUGUGGUUUUAUAUAUGGUGUAAAGCUGGAAUACGAAUGUAUAUAUUAAGUUUGGGGUCAUACACAUCCUAGUCCAAAUGGGUACAUAGCAUAUGCACUUUAAGCUACAUUCUUCUGAUUAGAUUUAUUGCUGGAUAGAAAUGCACACUGCUGCCAAAUCAAUAGGUUUCCAUCUGUGUCUGUUGUAAACCUACUAACAUUUUAAGUAAAUUGCCAAGAAUUUAAAUAAAGCCUUUGUUUGUUAAAUAUAUUAUCCUACCUAAUUGUGGCCUAAGAGAGGCUUUAGUGUAAAAUAAAAUUGAAAUCUCAUGUACAAGUUUUAAUCAAUGCACUUUCUAUUAAAUAAAGUAUAGUACAUGUUUGAUUUUAAAAAUGAGAUUGAAAUAAGAUGAGGCACUGAUGCAGUGCAUCGGUCUCCAAAGAUUGAUAGUUGGAAUUGCUCCUGUGAUUCUUCACAUGUUGAAUUCUAAACUCAACAGUGCCAAGGGAACAACAUCAGAUUGAGUGAAACUCAGGCUUUUCCUUGCAGAGGAAAGUGAAAAGCCAAGGAUUACCUUCAUCACGGAAUUAAAAUCAACAGGUUCUGAAAACUGAUUUUGCUCAGAAAAAUAAUCUGCCAAUUUACAAAUGGAAAGACACCUACAAUUUACUUCUCUGCAGAAUUGCCUUUUUAUCAGGGUUUACAAAUAUUAUAGCACUGAAGUGUAAGGCAAUGCAUAACAGUGAAAUUUGAAAACCUAAAUACAAAAAACUGAAAGUUUCUUGUAUUACAAGUACUUGAGACAAUAUUGUUUUCCAGUUCUACUAGUUUUGAUUUUUGUGAACACAGCAUUCAGAACCCAGAGACCUAUCUCUUGCUGAAUAACUAUAACUUCAGUACUCAAACACAAAGAAUAGGGAUAUUGUUCAGUCCUAGAACACAUUAUCUCCCUCAUUCAUAUGAAAAUUUAAAAGUAAAACAGAUCUGGUCAAGAGUCAUAGCAUAAGCACCUAAAAUGCAGAAAAGAUGUUUAAAUGUUUCGAUGAUAGGAAUUGAGAAUCUUUAAGAAAAUUUAACUGUCUUUUCGUUCAAAUUAUAUUUACUACUCCUUUAAUCCACUAUCAGCCAUUAAUAAUGGGUGUUCUAACGAAACAUUUUAUUGGUCCUCUUGACAUUUGCUAGCUUCUGUUACAUUCAGAGCCUAGCUGAGUGGAUCCAGAGUCAUUUUUAUUUUGGGGAGUAUUCAGCUGUCUCAUUUUGCUUUGUCUGCAUUGUGAUCUUCUCAGGCCAUGUUAAUCCUGCAUUGAUAGUGACAGGCUAUCUACUGCCACUCUGGCUUUAACACCGGGAAGAAGAUGAGAUAGCCAGUAAUGAUGAAUCUCUCUCAUUUUCGAUCCCUCUCAGUAUAAAUGUAUUUGGAAUCUACCUAGUAAUUUUCAGCACCAAAUAGCUUAAACUAAGAAUGUUUAAAUAUUUUUUAACUCCUACAUGGGAUUAUCAGCUGCUUCCACCAAAAAAAAUCAACCUUUUAGUUUCUCCUCCAUUUCUCUCUCUCUCUCUCCCUCCUAUUUUACAUCUUUUAUUUAUUUUCACUUUCUUAACCUUCCGUUUCAUCGGUCUCCCAAUUUUUUCUGCAGCAAUAAGCAGGGAGAAGCAGCAACACAGGUAGUGGCAUCAACAACUUGGGUGGGCAAGUAAGAGGUUAUUAUUUCUCAGGUUUAAUGUGAAAGGAUGUUGGAAUCUCUGCCAUGUUCUGCUGCUUGCCUGUGAGAGUGGAUGGUUUUCUAUGAGGAUGUGGUUUAUUGGUGGUGCCUAGGGUACAACCACACUCAAGAAAGGAUUAAUUGAUGGAAUGAGAGAACAGAUAUAGCAAAUAGACUUGGAGAGAUUUUUAUAGAUGCAUUUAUGGGGGAGUUAGAUAAGUAUAUGUGGGACAAGGGAAUAGAUGGUUAUGAUAGUAGAUUUAUUUGAGGAAAGAUGGGAGGAUGUUUAAGUAAAUCAUUAGCAAUGGCAUGGACUGGAUGGGCUGAAUAACCUACAAUGUAAUCAUUAGGUGAGCCUUUUUCAAGGCUGUUUUUCAAAGUUUGCUGCUCUCUUGGGGUGCUUUCCUUCUUGCUUCCAGCAAAGAGCCACAGAGUAGUACGAAUGAGCACUAUAGAUGAAAAGCACUCAGCUUCAGAAGAACCCACUGGAUAAUAAAGCAGGCAGCAUUGCCUGCUUGCUCAGUGGGAUGAAAAAGGCUGAAAACUACCUCUUGCUUUCUGCAGAGCUACUCUUCCCCUCCACUUUGGACCUGCAGUACACUGGAUUACCAAGACUCUCCCCUCUGGAGUAGAUGGAAGAAAGAGGCAAUUGUUUGGGGUCCCAUUGAGAGACUUGGCAGCAUAGUCCAUUAGAGCCUCUUUAAAACAAAUCUCUAUUUUCCUUCUACCUCAGCUGGUAAAUUCUCAGGACCCUCUGCCCCAAACACUCUUUCUCUGCACAAUGCAAAGGAACCAACCUGACCAUUUAGCAAGGGUCAGUGUGCCUGAGCUUUUGUCAUGGAAUCGGCUUUUGUUGUGUUUUCCGUACUGCAGUAUCCGUUUGUGUACUCACUCCCAGUGCCAUCAUACCCUCUCAUCCACUCAACACUCUGCCACUAGAACUCAGUCCGCCCAAAAGUAACAACCUUCCUGAAAAGAGAUAGCGAUAAAUUGAGUUGGGAAAAAACGUAAAGAGCACAGUAUUGUACCGAUUAGUGAUUAUAAUUUGCUAGCAAAAAUUUCAGCUACGAAUUAUUUUAUAAACUACAACAUCCUUGGACCCUUUUAUUGCACAUUAUUGUAAUACUCACUUAAUUCUCCAAGCAUUGCUGCAAUAUCCCUUCAGUUGUGACACACAGUAAUCUCGAUCGCUAGCACAAGUCCUAAGUGGAGGAGCAGAGGAAUGCUGCUGGAAGCAGAAGAGUGUAUCAGCCUGGUGCCCUCUUGCUGGGAGAAGCUGCAAUACUGUCUGAUUGAUGGAUUGAUUAUUUUAUUUUUCAAUAGCAGACCAAUUGUUUCUGAUGAUGAAUUUUACAUAGGUGAGUGCUAUUCAUGAAGAGUGUUCACUUCACUCAAAUACACAGCUGCUCAUUAGUUCUGUUCACAUUGACUGAUAGACAUAAAAUUCUGGUGACAGGCCACAGGUUGGGUACAAUUGCUUGACAUUAUUCUUCAAUUGACACCAUCUAACAUUUCUAGGGUAGUUAAUGCAUACUUAAGGCAUAAAAUCCACAUUACUGCUAUAAUGCACAUCAAACUUAAGAGAAUCUCUUAGAGCAUCAAAUUUUGUUACCUCUGUCAUCAACUUCCACUUUACUGCUCAUGAACUUGUCUCAAUGUGUUUAUCCAAUUACUGCCAAACUGAGAUGUAUAUAUUGUAUUGUGAACUUGUGCUCUGAUUUUUUUUAAAAAAUCACACAACUCUAGUUUCUGAUCUUUUCUACCUGCUUAAUUCCAACUGUGAAAAGAGUACUGGAUCCUCUCCUACCUACAAUUUAGUUUAUAGUACUGCUUGAUGAUAUAUAAUGCUGUACAUGCCUAACUUUGUUUUUGAAUGAAUUUUUUAAGACAUGGGAAACCCUUUUUUGCAUCUAAAUAUAUAAGAGCAAGUACCAUGCUGUUGGAAUACCCAAAUAUAUAGGGAAGUCAGAGUUUCAUCAAGAGGACACAUCAAAAUCUUAAAGUUUGAAGACAAGGUGAUUUGAGUUUAAAGAUUCUUUUCUGUUAAAUGAAAUGGUGUUUAUCUUUAGUGUCAGAGAAUGUCAAAGGAUAUUGACAGCACUGGCUAAAAUCAUUAACAGUGCCUGUGCUAUAGCCAUUAGACAGUAUUUCAUUUGAGUGGGCUCUGUGUUCCCAUAGUUUGCUUUGCUAGUCUGCAUUGCUUUUUAACCACAAUUUUGUAUCCUGUUAAAAAUGUAUGUUUAUUUAUAUGCAACAAAACAAGUGCACACAAAAGAUUUUACUUCAUAACAAUUUAUACUGAUGUUACUGUGUCAUGUAUGUUUCUAAAGCGUAGCUAGAAAAUGAAAGAUAAUUGUGAUAGUGCUAGGUUACAGGGUGGCAUACAAAUUGUGACCAAUAUACUGUUCAUUUUCUUUUAAAUACAUUUAAGUCAUAAUUUCAAGACUGUUCAAAAAUCAUAAAAUAGUUUUCUGUUACAUUAUGAAUCACAACUCCUUAAUAAAGUGAUGUUAAAUAA